AUGCCCCGCGCCGGCCGGGCCGGCGAAUCCGCGCGCGCCUGCCUGCUGCGCUGUGGCUUCGUGUGUGUCGCGCGGUCUUGGGACCCGCGUGUGGGGCGGCGCCGAGCGCACCCGGCCUUCCCGCGGGUCGUAGCCAUGGCCUCCCUGCUCGCCAAGGACACCUACCUGCAGGACCUGGCCAGGAAGAUCUGCGUUCACCCCGGCCCCGAGCGGCCGAGGCGCGAGCGCGCUGGCAAAGCUCAAGGCUCAGAAGCUGCUGGACCACCAAAAAAGAAAAGGAAAAAAACACAAAAGAAGUCCCGAGAACGGGAACAGAAGUCUGCAGAGCACAAGGCCAAGCCCGCAGGGGCGAAGUCUCUGGUGGCUUCUGGGGCCAAAAAGCCAGCAGCAGUUAGCAAGACGGAGGUUUCCAGCCCCACAGGAGACCUUGCAGGUGGCCGUGCCACAGAACCUGGCUCUGUCUUUGCCCUGGAUGUCCUUCGACAGCGACUGCACGAGAAGAUCCAGCAAGCCCGGGGCCAGGGCAGCACCAAAGAGCUGUCUGCGGCCACUCUGGAGAAACGGCGCCGGAGAAAGCAGGAGCGGGAACGCAAGAAGAGGAAGCGCAAGGAGCUGCUUGCCAAGAAGCAGGCAGCCCAGGCUCAGGAGGCAGAGGAGAAGGAGGCAGUGGGCAAGGCAGCCCCGGGGGCAACCUGUGCAGAGCCCGCGGAGCCAGCGCUGAUCUUCAACAAGGUGGAGGUGAGUGAGGAGGAGCCGGCCAGCAAGGCCCAGCGCAGGAAGGAGAAGCGGCAGCAGGUGAAGGGGAACCUGACACCGCUGACGGGCAGGAACUACCGGCAGCUGCUGGAACGCCUGCAGGCGCGGCACAGCCAGCUGGAGGAGCUUCAGGAGCAGGAUGCAGGCAAGGCCCAGGAGUUGGAGGCCAAGAUGAAGUGGACCAAUCUGCUGUACAAGGCCGAGGGUGUGCGCAUCCGCGACAAGGAGCGCCUGCUGGAGGACGCCCUGAAGCGCAAGGAGAAGCGGCGGGCCCAGCGGCAGCGCCGGUGGGAGAAGCGCUCAGCGCAGGUGGUGGAGAAGAUGCAGCAGCGGCAGGACAAGCGGCGCCAGAACCUGCGCAAGAAGAAGGCAGCGCGGGCUGAGCGGCGCCUGGAGAAGGCCCGCAAGAAGGGCCGGGUGCUGCCGCAGGACCUGGAGCGAGCCGGCCUUGUCUGAACCCUGUUGUGACCCUCGCCUGGCCCAGUGCCCAGCGUGGGCCUUCCUACAUCUUCCCACCUGUGCCUGUUGUCUCCACGUCCAGGCGCUGUGACGCUGGGAUGCCCCCUAGUUCCCAGACCUUGGGUCCUCAGGAGAGGGAUGUGGUCCUAGAAUCUCAGAGCUACUUCAGAGCUGGGAUUAUGUACCCAUGAGAAUGUUAGCUACAUCCUCAGACCGCGGGGAGAGGUGACCCAGGUCCACCAGCAGCCUCUGAGGUGGGAGCACCUCUUGCAGCGUUUAGGUGGAGGAGGGAACGGGGUAAGGCACCGGAGUGGCCGCCUGCUGUGUGCACAGAAGGCGGAGCCUCAGCCAGCUGCCUUGUUCUGAACCUCAGCGGGCUGGGCAACAGGGAGGGGAGCAGCUGGCUUCGCAGAAGCUGUAGGGACUGGGUGUGAUUCUGAGCCUGGAUGCAAAGGCCUUCUGGUCAACCCUGGCUUCUGCCGAUAUUCUCCGCAGUACCCCACGGCGUCCUCACCGCUCACAACCCAGGGGUUGGGGGCCAUCUUCCCAGAUCCAGGCCUCAUGGCCACAUUCAGGCAGUCACUGGCUUGAGGGUUGUGGCACUGUGGUUGGCACCUGUUGGAGUAAGGUUGACGGUGGCCUGCAGGUACCAGAGGCAUGGGUGAGGAGGCGUUGCGGAAGUGGCUAAGAGACCUGGGCAUUUCUCUCUGUGGAGGUAGAAAAUCCGCCCAGCUGAGCCCCCAUUGCGAAGGGAGCCCCCAGCUGAUGAGAAGUGAGGCAGACGGGCACCAGUGUGCAGCAGUUUACUGUGCCUGAGCCUCUUUGGAGAGGCUGGCUGUGCUGCUCUGUGGAGUCUCAUCUAACGAGAGACCAGGAGGAUGCCAGGGAAGUCCUGGGAUUGCGGGGGCCGUGGCAGCAGAGCAGGGCGCCCUCAGGUCCUCCUUGAGAAAUGCUGUCUGUAAGGGUGGACAGUCAGCAGCCUCUGGGUCCCGGCUGCUUGGUGAGUGGAGCUGGGCUUGAGUACUUUGUCCCGAGCAGGGCUGCUGUCAGGUGCUUGGCUGGGGCCUGGCAGCCGUGGGUGGUGGUGUGGGCUGUCCCCUUCUCGCGCCCUCUGUCCUUCAAGUCAAGACCCCAGUAAACAGCUUGCACCUCUGA